AUGGUCAACUUUAAGAAUAUUGCGGCCUCUUUGGCUGUCUCUUCCAUCAUUGGAAGCGCUAUUGCUCACCCCGGUGAGGUGCAAUCUGCUAAGCAGAUCAAGCGCGAGAUCGAGAAGUACACCAAGGCCCAGCACAAGGCUGUCCGCUCCAUGGCCAAGGUUGAGAACACUCCUCAAGCUUUGGCUCUGAAGGCUCGUGCUGCCGAGCGCCGUGCCGCUACCGUUGCUGCACUCCGCGAGAAGCGUGGAAUUACCACCAAGUCCAUGUUCGGCAAGCGAUCCCAGACCGAUCUCAACAGAUACUUGGCCGAGUCCCACGACCUGUCUGCCUUGGGCUACACCCUCGACACCCCUCUGGAUGUCAUCUUCGGCUCCAACGCCACCAGCGGUCUGGCUCCUGAGGUUACCAUCGGCCCAUACUUUGUCUCUGGAGAGUACAUCCGUACAGAUGUGACCGAUGGCUCGGAGGGUGUUCCGGUCCACCUUGACCUGCAGUUCAUUGACAUCAACACCUACACCCCGGUCCCCGAGGCUCUUGUUGACAUCUGGCACUGCGAUGCCGUCGGCGUCUACUCGGGUGUUUCCAACGGCGGCCAGGGCGGCCUAAACACCACCUUCCUGCGUGGUGUCCAGCAGACCGACAGCGAUGGUGUCGUCCAGUUCGACACCAUCUUCCCCGGCCACUACCAGGGACGUGCCCAUCACAUCCACCUGCUCGUCAGCGAGGACCCCGAGAUCCUGCCCAACCAGACCUACAUUGUGGGCAAGACCGACCACAUUGGCCAAAUCUUCUUCAGCCAGGAGCUCAUCACCGAGGUUGAGGAGACGUCCCCCUACAACACCAACAACCAGGGACUCGUCCUUACUGCCAGCGACGGGAUCGCCGCCGGCCAGGCCACCGCCGACCACGACCCUCUUGUUGACUACGUCCUGAUUGGCGACAGCCUCGAGGAUGGUCUCUUGGCCUUCAUUACCAUUGGUGUUGACACCACUGCCGACUACUCUGACAACUACACCCCCGCUGCUCACUACCAGGAGGGUGGCGGUGUCGACACUGGAAACGGUGGCGGCGGCCCUGGUGGACCCGGUGGACCUGGGUCAGUACAAUCCCUUUUCUAG